AUGGCAGGCUGUACCAGUCGCUGCAGACAGGGGGUGCUAAAGUUCAUCCAGUCCCUACGGAGACUCGUCUCUGGUACUCUCAGCAAAGAUAAGGUGGACGAUGAGUUGGAGAUGACCAUGGUCUGUCACCGCCCAGAGGGUCUGGAUCAGCUGGAAGCUCAGACCAACUUCAGUAAACAGGAGCUGCAAGUCCUGUACCGUGGUUUUAAAAAUGAGUGUCCGAGCGGCGUGGUAAAUGAAGAGACGUUUAAGCACAUCUACGCACAGUUUUUCCCCCACGGAGAUGCCAGCACAUACGCACAUUAUCUCUUCAAUGCUUUUGACACGACAAAUAACGGAUCUAUAAAGUUUGAGGAGUUUGUGAUGGGACUGUCUACCUUACUGAGAGGCACAGUGAGAGAGAAACUUGAAUGGACUUUUCACCUCUAUGACAUUAACAGAGAUGGAUACAUAAACAAAGAGGAGAUGACAGAGAUAGUACGAGCCAUUUAUGAUAUGAUGGGCAAAUACACUUACCCAGCGCUGAAAGGUGACGUUCCAAAGCAGCAUGUGGAUGCUUUCUUCCAGAAAAUGGACAAAAACAAAGAUGGAAUAGUAACAUUAGAAGAGUUUAUUACCGCAUGUCAAGAGGAUGAAAACAUGAUGAGGUCCAUGCAACUUUUUGAAAACGUGAUGUAG